GCAGUUACCACCUUAAUCUCCUUGGUUAUCCAAUGUCGGAAUCAACAAUGUCUGGUAAAGGCGUUUUGCGAAGCGUCAAAAACUAUGCCAAGGGUUAUUCGGAUAUACAGAUCAAAGUACGUGAGGCUACAUCUAACGAUUCGUGGGGCCCGAGUGGAACCUUGAUGAAUGAAAUCGCCAAUGCUACGCACAAUCCCCAAGACUUCCUGGAGAUUAUGGAUAUGAUAGAUAAGCGCCUUAAUGAUAAGGGAAAGAAUUGGCGGCAUGUGUUUAAGGCUUUGACUGUUCUGGAUUACUGCUUACACGUUGGAUCGGAAAAUGUUGUCUUGUACGCAAAGGAGAAUGCAUACGUUGUCAAAACCUUGCGAGAAUUUCAACAUAUCGAUGAUACUGGCAGAGAUGUUGGUGGAAAUGUUCGCCAGAAGGCAAAGGAUAUUUCCAGUCUGUUGAUGGACGAGGCGCGUUUGAGAGAAGAGCGAUCAUCACGUACUCAAAUGCGAGACAGAAUGGCUGGCGUGGACAAUAUCAUGGCAGACUUCCAAAGCCCUCGAGAUCGCAUGUCUCCGUACGAGCGACCACCUGGAGAUCGAGGAGAAGAUCGAGGAGGAUAUCGGGAUGAGGAUAGAGAACUUCGCAGAGCUUUAGACGAAAGCAAGAGAUUGGCAGAAGAAAGCUCAAGAAAGAAAAACCAUGACGAGGAUGAUUUGCAAAAGGCUAUCAGAUUGAGCGAACAAGAAGCUCGAGACAAAGAAAGACGAGACCGAGAGCGGCUUGAGCGGGAGAAUGAGAAAGCCUUGUUCAGCAACAUCGCUCCCGAAACAAACCAAGCAAGCCUCAAUGCUUUCCCUCAACAAAUGAACAUGAAUGCUACAGGCAACCCAUACCAACAACAACAGGUGCCCUGGCAGGUCACAGGCGCCACCAAUCUUUCAUUCUCUCAUCCAGUUGGAGGCAACCAAAUGUAUUCUCAGUUCACCGGAAUGCCAAACAAUCCUUACCAACAGCAAGCUAUUGCCAAUCCUUAUCUACAACAGCAGCAACAACCUCAAUUUACCGGUAUGAUGCAGCAACCUAUGGUAACCGGUAUGCAGUUCCAGACACCACAAAUGACGGGCAUGCAAUAUCAGCAAGCACAGCCAACGGGCAUGCAAUUCCCUACAUCAUCUAUUUCCAGUGUGCAAACCGGACAAAACAAUCCCUUUGGAGCUAACGCUGGCAACACAUCGCAGUCUAACUUCAUGUCCAGCCCAUCCCUUCAAACUUCCAACACAUUUGGACAGUCUUUGCAACCACAACAGACUGGAUUCCAAGCCAAUUCCUAUGGAAGCCAUUCACCACAACCCAAUCACUUCUCUAUCGAGAACCAAUCGAAUAAUGCCGCUACACCAACAAGUAGUAAAUCUACCCCCACAGCCUCGCGUCCCAAUGAUACCAAGUUUUCCAAGCUUAAUGCUUUGCUUGCAACUGGAGGUGAUGGUCUGGAUACCUUCGGUAAUACUGGAAACUUGAGAGUACCAGUUGGUACUGGAUUUGCCAAUAGUAUGAAAUUGGAAUAUGCCAAGACAGGUUCGGGUGCCGAAGGCUUCGGCCAGGAGGAAAGCAAUGUGCCCAAAAACUUUGAUCCCAGCCUUAUAGAUAGUCCACAGCAGUCAUUUGGAAACCAACCCACCCGAAAUCCCUUUGGACAAUCAACAUCAAGCUUCAGUACACCCUCCUCCAGCCAACCUGGCAAUAAGAAGUCAUUGUUCGAAAUGAUGCAAGAGCAAAAGAUGCAGCAGCAACAACAGCAACAGCUUCAGGCUCAACCUACUGGAAUGAACUUCCAGACUCCUCAAAUGACUGGGUUCCAGCAACCAUCCAUGACAGGUUACAAUGGCCAAGGCGGGUCGUCCUUUUUCUAAUUGAUGAGAUUCUGCGAGUCAGGUCCUAAUGGCCGUUAGGGGGUAUGGAUAAAAAAAAGUAGUAGUAUUUUUUUGCGGUUAGACCACCGUACUGCGACAUGAAUACUUGUCAAUAUUGUAAUAAAUGAUAUGGGUUAAUUAUGUUCAAGCCGUCUGUUUGAGUAAUUGAUAGGGGUGGCCGAUCAGAAGAACCAACG